GGUCGGUCGCAGCUUUAGUACGUCCGUAAUAGUCACGCAGUGUAUUUCUAAAUUGUGAGUGGGGUGUGUGCGCACCCCAGUCGUGAGUUCGCGUUGAAUUUUGUACGGCAAGUUGAUUGAACAAAAUGUCUCAGCGAUAUAAUUUGCGCUCCGUUUCGGAGGUUAUGAACACUCUCAGGGAAAAAGAGAGAAUUGAAGCGCCAGAUAUUCCCUCGGAAAGUGAAGAGGACCACGCGGAAGCUUGGAGCGAUUUGGAGGACGAUACCGGUGAUAGUGAAUCGGAUGUUUGUGCGCAGGAAGAUCAAGCGCCUCCGACAAAAAAAACAAAAUGUGGAAAAACGGCAACUUGUGAUGGUGGAUCUUCAAAACGUGGUCGAAGACCGAAUAUUGUUCGUGGAAAAGAUGGCCACCAGUGGUUCGAUGCACCUCGGCAACAAUCUCGCAGUAGAUCUAAUACUCCGACAUCUUUUUUGCCAGGUCCGAUCGGAGCGGCAAAACAAUUGAAAACUCCUGUUGAAUUUUGGAAUUUGUUAUUUCCCGAUUCGUUAAUUGAAAAAAUUGUGGUACAUACGAACGAAGAAAUUAGACGUUACCGGGAUGCGCUUGAAAUCGAUGAAAAUCGUGAUCGCACCUACAGCACCAUUGAUAUUGUCGAAAUAAAAGCAUACUUCGGACUGCUUUAUUUUGCUGGUAUGCAGAAAACAUCGCACACCAAUACUGAAGACCUAUGGGAUCCCAUGUAUGGCUCCAUCAUGUAUCGAUCAACGAUGUCACGUAACCGAUUCUGGUUCAUUUCAAAAAAUUUAUGUUUUGACGAUAAGAUCACGAGAGUUGAACGAAGAGAAACCGACAAAUUUGCUCCUAUUCGCGAAGUGUGGGAACAGUUUUUAUCAAAUUGUAAGCUCAACUAUAAUCCAGCUUCGUACGUUACAAUCGACGAACAAUUGGUCUCUUUCCGUGGACGGUGUCCUUUUAAAGUUUAUAAUAGAUCCAAACCUGAUAAAUGUGGCAUAAAGAUUUUCAUGUUAAAUGAUGCUAGAACGUUUUACAUGUUCAAUGCUGAGCCAUAUGUUGGAAAAGUUAUAGCUGCUGGAACUGAGAGUGUCCCUUCAUACUAUAUACAUAAAUUGACAGAGCCACUGCACGGAUCUAAAAGGCAUAUAACUUGCGGCAAUUGGUUUGCGUCAGUGCCAAUUUUCAAGAAAAUGCUCAGCGAACACUCGAUCACGAUGGUGGGAGCACUCCGAAAAAACAAACGAGAAAUCCCGGAAGAUUUCAAACGACCAGGAUCUGUGCAAUCGUCGAAGUUCGCGUUUGAUGGACAAAUGACUCUGGUGGCCCACACUCCGAAAAAAAAUAAAGUAGUGAUUGUGCUCUCAACUUUACACGAAAACGAUGCAAUCAACCCCGAGACCAAGAAGCCGGAAAUAAUCCACUUUUACAACACUACAAAAGGAGAUACUGAUUCAUUCGUUCAAUUGUGCCAUGAAUAUACGACGGCUCGGAAAACUCUCAGGUGGCCCAUGAGAAUCUGGAUGACGAUUUUAGAUCAAGGAGGUAUAAAUGCGAUGAUAUUACACAAUUUCAACGCAGCUAUUAUUCCUAAGAAAAGGAAAGAUUUCUUGAAGGAGCUAAUACAAGCUUUAGUGGAACCACAUCUGCGGCUGAGAUUAAAGAUUCCCGCUCUGCGCCGAGAAAUUCGCUUAAAUAUCCAGACGAUUCUUCACGAAGAAGACCUUCCGGUGAGGCAGGUGAAUAAAAAACAAGGUAGAUGUGCCUUAUGCCCGAGGUCGAAGGAUCGGAAAAGUCAGUCGUACUGUACGAAGUGCGGCCGAGUCAUAUGCGAAGAGCACAAAAUUAAAUUGUGCGUAGAUUGUGUGGCGGUUGACUAAAUUUGGAAUAUAUUUUCCAUUUUCAUAUUCUUUCACUAUCAAUACAACUUUUUCUAAUAAAAAAACUUCGUUGAUUAUCAAUGAAUAAUUAAUUUGAUGGAAUUAAAUCAAUAAGACAGCAUUUUUUUGUUUUGAAAUUUUCUCAUUUUCAAUCACCUGAAUAAAUAUACUUUUUAAACGGAAUGAAGUCGUAGUAU